GACUGAUUGAAGUUAUACGCAAUUACCAGAUCAAACCAAAUCUUCCACAGACACAGAACAAAUGUCUUUUUCGUAUGCCAUUUGGCAGAUCGACGAUGCGAACUUGAGCUACUAUUACAGACCUGAAGAAACAGCUUAUGGAAUCUACUAUAGGUUGAAGCAGCCGGCGGAAGGCUUUCCUGAAGGUUUCUAUGCAUCUGAGCGAGCUCAAGAAAUGGCAGAUCACAAUCAACAGUUGCAGAUGGCACAAACCUCUGGUGACUCGGCUAAGAGGGAAAGAGGAAAAAGGGUGGAUGACGACACCACUCUCCCUUCAGAGAGGAUAAAAGCUGGUGCGAAAGAAGCCGGCGGACAAAUCCUAUCUUCUGGUGAUAUGGCGAGGGGAUCUCGCAGGAAAAAGACGAAGUGAUGAGAGGAAGGAGGCUGAGAGAUCACCGCCCUGGGAAUAUCCAGAGAAAUAUUAAAACACUCGUGGAUCCCGC